CUACCCUCUGGAACAGCCAAACCCGGCUCUGUAGGACUCAGUUUCCCGACAGGCCCUGCGCGCUCACCCGUGCAGCUCUCGCACAGAAUGAAUCAGUGGCGUUGUUAUUGACGCCAUAUUGAGCUCGGCGUCCAAAAAGGAGCACCUAGUAACGCACGGCGCCCGAGUCCCCGCUCACCGUAUCCGCUGCCAUCCUCCCGGCACGAGUCCCCUCGCCCCCAGCAGCGAGCUGAUAGCGACCCCACAGCGCCCGAGCGACACAGCCCGCCCGAGGAUCGGCGGAUAGAGCGGCUGGGACCGGCCGAUUGGGAGAGGAAUUCCCGGGAGCUGCCUGCUCGCCCUCCCCUCCCCCCCGGACAUGGCGUGCGGGGCCACACUAAAAAGGACUAUCGACUUCGACCCCCUGCACAGCCCCGCGGCUUCGCCCAAGCGGAGGAGAUGUGCCCCGCUGUCCCCGGGGGGUCCGUCACCCCAGAAAUAUCUCCGAAUGGAACCGUCACCCUUCGGGGAGGUGUCAUCCCGGCUCACAGCAGGUGGGGGGCUGCCUGGGGGUGAUGGGAGUUGGGGGGGAGGGGAGGGUAGUGAUGAUGGUCUGUGUGCCAGGUGGGGCUCCUGCUGUGAGUGCAUUGUGUGGUGUCCGUUUGGGGGAGGGGCAGGGUGGGCUCACUUGCAAUGCUGCCAUUGAUUGUAUUGCUAUUCCCAUCACAGCUAGCCAGCCGCCCUCUUCUGGAUACACUGCAUGUGUAACGGUUUUAGUUAAUGAGAAAAAGCCCUGAAUAAUGUUCAAUCUAUUUAUUGAGAUUUCUUCACCAGACAAGUGUGUGUGUGUGUGUGUUAUAUUUGUUAGUAAAACGUUGGGAGGCUUUAAACAAUCCAUCAUUCAUCUGGAAAGCCUGCAUGUUAAUAAUAUAAGGGUCUAUGCUUUUUAUUUCAUGAUGGCAAUCUUGGCAUUAUGUUGAGUCACAUUCUUCCUUGGAUCCUAAUCUUAACCCUCCCCAUCCUUCAGAUCAUUGGGUUGCAUGGAUUAAGCUGAAUGCCCUUUUUUUUGUUAGAGCUACUUAUUAAAACUACAGCAGUUCUCCUCCUCCUCCUUUCCUCUGUCAUUGUCCUUGUACCCAAUUGAUAUGAGCUGCGGUGGCACACUGGGGGAUGGGUGUGCUAAAUUCAUUGAUUGAAAGUCUGGAAAGCAAACUUCAGUUUAACCCCUCUUACAUGCACAGGGGUGUGCUUUCUUUCCACUAAAGACCUAGCAUUUAAGUGUGUGGUUUUUUUUUUUUUUUUUUAUAUGUAUGUAAUAAAUCUAGCUUGGGAGAGACUACAAAAUAGCAUUUUACAGUCCAUUUGUCAGGAAAUGGCAACCAAACAAAGUAAUUGUGUGAAAUGUGUAUAUAUCCGUAUACAAAACAUACCCCAAAACAAAUUUGACAUUUGUGGGUUUUUGAAAUACUUGUUUUGAGAGUACAUCUCAUAAAUUCAGUAAAACUAAUUAUAGAAUGCUUCUCUGUGACUAAAUUGCAAUGGCUUUCAAGGGAUUUGGAUACAUAUUUAUCACUGAUUCAUUACAUUGCAAUCUGUGACAAAUGCCCAAACCUGUUCUCAUGUGGCAUUAUGUCUAUGAUACUAUUAAAGGAGAUCCAGUUAUGUUGGCCCUCACUAGUCCUACAAAGUGUUAAAUGUGACCGUGGUUUUUAAAUACGUUUUUAUAAUAUUUUAUGCUUGUAAGCAGUGAUGCAAACGUGGUAAUUAUCUGGAUUGGUGUGUUUAGGAGCACUGUGCAUUUUUCGAAAUCUUAAGAUGUAGUUUCAGUUUAUAGUGUAAUUAUGUCUUUUUCUUCCUGACCUAGAUGAGAGUUAACCAUUACUAAUGAAGUGCCAACAAAUUCCAGAGCAUUGUCAAUUGGUGACUAAAAGACAAAGAUUUGUAACAAUACAAAUUGGACGCACAUUGGUUUAGGGCCCUGCUCAAAUGAGCUUAUAAAUUAGAGUAGUGCACAAGUUAUUAAUUUUUGUGUACUCUAAAGUGUUUGAAAUAUUUCAAUUGGAUGACCUAAUCAAAAUGUAAUUAAACAAUAUUUUAGAUUGCCAUAAUGUUAUAUCAAAAUAAAUGAAAGUACAACUUAUAGCAGAGUUGUUGUUGAUAAAGGCUUAGCUUGUCAUUGGGCCACCUAUUGCCUUUUGUUUGUGUUAUGGCACUUUGUACCUCUUGUAGUCUCCCAUUUUAUUAAAGCAGUACUUUGCUCCCUGUGGCCCCUGCAACCUCUUCCUCUGUUGGUUGUACACUUGCUUCCUCUCCCAUGACUGGCAACAGGCUGCUGUACAUACUAUUUUGAGUGCUUGCACAUUGUAGUGUCAGAAAAGCAUCGGUAUGCAGGAUUACUCCUACUAGUUUGUUCACUUUAUUUAAAAAAUAAAUAAAAAAAUCCUGAAUCAAGCGAUGGGUCUAGUUUUCCCCGAUCCUUCCAAUUAAACACAUUCUUCCUUGUCACACCCCAUCAUUUUCUGUUUCAAGGUCCAAUCAAAUGCUUCUCUUGAUAGUGAAGCAUUGAAGCCAAUGCUUCUUUGUUCAGAAACAGUGAACACCACACAGCGCAUGUGUGUUCAUGAGCGGUGAGAUGUGCUAUAGCCUGCUCAUAAGACAGUCAAAGUGUUGGGAGGGGAGGAAUGAAGGGCAAAAAGAUAGUUGGGUGGACAUCAGGAGGUGAAUAAACAGCAAGGGGGGGAGGGGGGCAGCAUUAUCCUUGCAGGCAGGUGCGCUGAUAAGACAAAAAAAAUUUUCAGACACUAAACUCACGGAUUAUGUACUUGCUUAGUUUUCACUUCUAAAAGCAAUAAUGGUCGUUUAUAUUUAUUAGUCAGUUUCUUACACAUACCUGUAUGCUCCUCUUCACAGAUAUUAUUAAAGGGAAACUAUAGUGCCAGGAAAAGUAGCUUCCCCCUCUGUCAAGGAUUCCCCUUCCCGUGGUGCAGAAGGGGUCAAAAAAAAAAACGUUCUGUCAUUUACCUGGGUCCAGCGCCAAUGUCCUCCUGUGUUUGCUUGGGUCCACCUUCUCUCCUCCCCCGCUGACGUCGGUAGGCGGGGCGACCUAAUGCGCAUGCGCGUCAAUGGUCCCGCUUGAAUUAGGAUUUCCCCCGUUGGAAAGCCUAUGGGGUUUUGAGCGAUGCUGAAUGUCCCCAUGCAUAGUGUGAGGGACAUCCAGCAUCAGUUCGGUGACCAAAAGUCAUCAAACAGCCUGGAAGGCCCCUCUAGUGGCUGUCUGGUAGACAGCCACUUGAGGAGUUAACCGUUGCAGAUAAUUAUUGCAGUUUAUAAUUAAUUGCUCUGGGUUAAGGAAUCUGGGGCAAUGCACCCAGACCACUACAGCUCAUUGAGCAAUGAGCUAAUGUGGUCUGAGCCCCUACAGUGUCCCUUUUUAAAGCAAAAUAGCCUUCUCCACUUCAGUAACAUCCCAAAGGGAUAACUAUUUUUUUUUUUUUUUUUUACUCUUGACAGUGGGAUGCUACCAAAUUACUCCUGGCACCAUAAUUGCCUCAGAAGGGGUUUUGUUUAUUGUACUUUGAGUUUCUAUUUAAGCCGGUGGCCAGAUGGUAUAUCUCAAUUGGGAGUUGUAGUUUUGCAACAGAUAGUAAUAUGCUUCCAGCCACGUAUGUCUUAAAUGUUGUAGCUUUAUGCUAAGUGUUUAUUCCAAGGAUGUUGCUAGUGUAAAAAAUGGUGCUUGAUGGUCUCCUCCCCAAACCCCACUUUUGUUUUUUGACCCACUGUUACUUGCAGACAUUGACAGAAUCAGAAGGCAUACACAGGUGCAGUGCAAGUUGUUUACAUAUGUUCUUUACUACAACUUGCAUGCUGUCGGAAACUACAUAUUGAAUAUUCAUCCAUAUCUUUGAUCCACACUCCUCACUGCAAGAUUUUUAAAAAAUAAAAAGAAAUUUUGGAAGGAGUCGCCAAACUGCUACUAAGCAAUUUGUUGCGAUCCUAUUGCAAUUAAUAUAAACAUUGCAUGUACAAUGAACACGGAUAUAAAUCAAAGAAAACGCUGUAGUACCUGUAUAGUACAGCUUUCAGUGGGAACACUGUGCGGCCCCAGUCAAUGACAUGUACUGUGUGGAGUAAUCUCAGAAUACUGUUUUCGGCUUUUUGUUUAUUCGCCCCACCCCCAUAACGUCCCAACGUUGAGCAUAUACAUUAAAGCAGACAAAUUCUUACCUUAAAGGAAAAGUGUUGUCAAUAUAACACUCUGGCGUUUGGGGGGAGGGGUUGUUUUAUUUUUAUACAUAUAAAACAAAAAAGAACUCCUUCAAACAUAUCAAAAAUGUGCAGCAUAAGGUAGACACCUUCCUCAACAGGAAAAUACUCCUAAUCAGGAGCCUUUCAUUGUUGUGUAUUGCCCCAUAAACCUCUGUUCAUUAGGAAUUUGUGGAUUAUAUAAUUUAUCUCCUGAAUCCCUAUGUAUAUUUAAACAAAUGGUCAUUUAGUUACUCCAAUGGCAAUUGGAAGGAAAGCCCGCUUGCCAAUGUCAAGGCAGCCCCCCUGGCGGGUCCUACACUGACCCUUCACCUUGCUUCCUUGAGCUUUUGGCAACGAUAUCUCUGAGACAGAGAGGGGUGUUUUUAUUUUUAUUUUUUUAUAUAUACGCCACUAUAUAUUAACCCUUAAUAGGGAACACAUGGGAUGGACGGCAGCAUCUUUGGUUUUUACUGUGUGUAGUGUGGCUGAUGUGUACUGUGGUCGUUGCUGCUGUCCAGGAGUGAGGGCAGGACUUAUCUUUUUGUAUUUAUAUAAUUUAUUUCCCAGCUGCAAUUACUCAUCGCUUGAGUAUGAGUAGGGCUGUUCUAUAAACUUAUAGAAGGCAUGGGUUAGCUGGUAUCAGGUUAUGUACGUAGUUGUUCUUGGACAAGGGUAGGGGGGCAGGGUACUUUUCAUGCUUAGACUAUUUCUUAAGGCAGUUCACAUGAAAGUCAAAGUUUAAAAGAUGACUAAGUUAAAUCAAUUUUAAGUAAAACACUUCAUUUUUUACAAGUUUAAAAAUAGUUAAACUUACUUUAUUCCUUGUGCUGUACAGCAGUCCAACUCUCAAACUUGAACCCUUCACUUAAGCUUUAAUCUCUGCAUUGUGUUGGUGGAAUUUCUAGCUAGAAUAUGGGGUUACAUUGUAUCCUUUAUAAUGUAAAUUGUCUCCAUUUAUUUUGUCCACUGAGUUAUGUUUGCACUGCAAUGAUGACAUUGGCUUAACCCCAGAAAUCAAUGCAUGCAGUCAUGGUCAUUGCAUUCCAUGAUUGGAAACGUUGCAUUGUGUGUUCAGGCCAGCCUGUUUGCUGGCACAGCUGGUAAUAUCCUUUAGACCUAAACUGGUAAUUUCACCCUAAAUCUUAUCCCUAUUUUGGCAGUACAUUUGUAAAAUUUAGCCUAUUUAAAGUGCUACCAGACAUUAUCUUUAUUGGGUGUCUUUCUAGAGAUUACAAUAAAACCUUGCUAAUGGGACCCUUUAAAGGGAAACUGUAGUUACAAAAAUAUAAUAAUUGUCUGUUUUUUAAAAAAUGUAUUUAUUUUUUUUAGUUAGAUUUAAUUGCCCCCAUUUUGGGUCCAUCACACUCCAAAUUUAAAUAGAAAAACUUACCUUGACUCCAGCACAGAGAUCCACAGCUUGAACCGCAUACUUUUGCACCAAAAUAAUGUUUGUCCAGUAAAAUGCUUAUCAUAAAGAAGCACCAUUUGCCAUCAAAUUCUUCUCAAUAGAGAAGCAUUUAUAGAAUUUAUUUAUUUAUUUUUUUUUUUAUACUUGUGCUUUGCAAGGCAUCAAGAACGGUGUAAGAUUCAGUCUUGGAAGAGGAAGAAGCACUGUCUACUAGCUAUCAGGGUAACAGCCACUAGAAGUGUUUUUUGCCCUGCAAUUGCCAAAUCUCGGAAAGAGCAUUUUUUUUACACUGCUGGAGAAAAAUAAAAGGGGAACUGCGCCAAUAAACUUUGAGUUGAAACAGUCUGCCUGCUUAUGGUGUCCCUUUAACCUUCAUAACCACUUCUUUGUGCUAAAAUGGUAAUGGUGCAAAGACACAUACCCUGUACCUGCUAUUUUAGUUUUCUUCCUUUUCAGAUAUAAAUAUGGUCUUAUUUCUGUGCAAAGCUGUCGUCAUGGGCUCUCUGUAAGCCAACUGUAAUGAUCACUUCCUUACUGGCAAUAUCAGUUUUGUGCAGAGGUCAUUGUUUUUUUUUUUUUUUUUUUAAUGAAAACCAUUUCAUUGUUAUUGGGUGCUGGAAUUGUCGAGACCUGUCCUAAGUGACCUCCUACGCCAAGUUCUCAAACCUUUUGCCUUAAUAUCUUUUAAAACUGCAUGGUAAAGAAGCUGUUUAAAUGCAGCUUCAUUUCUGUAACACUAGUCAUUUUGAAUGGCAAUCAUUCAAAUGCAUAAUUAAUCAAUUUUAUCUAUGACAAAGACCACAAAUGCCAACCUUUGGAAUGAACAUAUAGGGACCAGUAGUGUAAAAUUCACAUAUCUUUGAUAUCUGGACUGGGUGUUGAAUUCUGGUUUGCACUGCCAGCCUUUUAUGGGCAGGUCUGUCAGUCAAGGCAUUCUUAUUCAGACACUAUUACCAGCUCAUGCGAUGAUAAACAUAUAUAGGAGGUUUUGCUUGGGUGCGGUAUGUUUCUGAAUCGUGGAAAUUUCACAUCUUGUUUAUAAGUUUGGCUGUAUUGUAAUGCGUUCACUUCUCUCUUUACCAACUGAAACAUAAUCCUUUAAGUUUGCUUUUUCAAAAAGAAGUGUAAAAGUUGAAUGUUGCAAAAAGGAGUAUGAUUCUAAAAAGCAGAAAUGGUUAACAUUUAAGAAGUAACAUAGUCAAUAUUUGAAUAAAAAAAAAAUCAUUUUACAGAGUAACCGGAUUGUGGAAAAUUCAAAUACACAGCCGAGUUUUGUUGCAAUUAUCAGUUAAAAUGUUAGCUUAUAUUGACUAUACUAAUAAUGUAUUAGAUUAGUCGGUCGCAAAACUAUAUAAAACCUUUUUUUUUUUUUAGAAGUAGGUAUUCUUAAAGGGACACUCCAGUGCCAGGAAAACAAACAGUCUAUGCUGUCAUGCAGUGCAGGGCUUGAAUGCAUGUUGGUAGCAUAGCUGUAGACCAUUAUGCAUUAAAAGUACCGGCAGGUUUAAAUCCCUGUUUGUGCCCAGAAGCCCCAGGUAUCGAUGGAUAGCUGAGGGCAGCACCAUACUGACAGAUGAGGUUUGUGCAGCUAUCUGAAUCUCUUUUUAAAUCACCAUGGCUGACCUUCACUGAUUGGUGCUUGUCAGCUGGCAAAGCCCAGCACCUAAUCAUUUCUCCCUGAGAUCUCCCUUUCAUGACGCAAUCACACAGUACAGAGUGCUCUCAGAGCACUUUGUGAGCUGGGAAAUACUUUUGCUGAUGACCGCAGAGGGAAUUCCCCAGAGUUAUGAUUAGGUGGGAUUAUGGGUACAAUCUUUGGUGUGAUUAGGGCAAUAUAUAUACUUGUCGAGCAUCAUUGUAAUCGAGAAUACAAAUAUGGGGUGUUUUCCAAAAUAAGAUGUGUGAAAGACAACAAAAAAAUAUUUUGAGGUUUGUGAUAAAAUGGUCAAAUGAAAAGUGUCAAAAUGGUCUUGGUUAAAUAGCCUGGGUGAUGUACUUUCUACAAAUAUUUACUUUUUGUUUAGUGGCUUUGCAUUAUCUGACUACCAUGAAAGUUGUAAUGCCAUGCCAAAAUUUAGCUUUAAAACAAUAAUUUCUGCAAUAUUUGAUUUAUAACUUCUAAAAAUUAACUGAAAUCCUAGACCUAAUAGGUGUUUUAAAGGACCUCUCCACACUCGUAGAGCAUUUUAGCUUGUUGAUAUACUUUAUAGGUUAGGAGUAUCCCAUUUUAAUUCCCCUCCCCCACCCCCACCCACUUUUUUUUUUUUUUUUUGAGAAGUAUAUACACUUUAUUAUGUAAGGAAUAAUUGACUCCAGGCCGUUGAAUUAUUAGAAAAAUGUGCAUUAUUUUUCUAAUAAUUCAAAGCCUGGAGUCAAUUAUUCCGCCUUUACUACAGUUACCACACCUCGAAACAUUGUUCAGAUGUAUUUCAAGACGUUUGUCAAGUUUUUGUCAUUAAAACGCUCUUGUGUGUAGGCCUAAUUUCUUACGCAUCAAUUCCCAUGCCUUCGUUGCUAAUUCCAAAACGUCAUUUAAGAAUUAGUAACGGAGAUUUGAGCCAUUGAUAGCAGACUAAUGCAGUUAUUAGAGAGACAGGUUGCAAUAAUGAGACAGAAAAGCAUGUGCAUCAAUAUUUUUAUUUAUUUAUUCAUUAGUUUUAGUUAAUUUUUUAUUUAUUUUUAUUAUUGACAGUAGGCUGUAACGAAAACCAGUGCAACAGGACUAUCUAUGUAUAUUCAGUUCAAUUUUCUAUUUAUUAUAAAUGGGACCAUGAAUUGUAACCUAUUCAUUAUUACAGUUGACUACACAAAGUGAUAUGGAACUGUAAUGUGGUCAAGACCUGUCUGGAACUACUUUAGCCGUGCUUCUCCCUGAAAAUAAUGCACACCUUAGAACGUUCGUCAGCCUAUCAGAUUGAAGCAUUCAUUGGCCCUGUAGUAUAAUUUUUGUUUUAUUUUUAUAACACUUUUUUUAAGAAACGCCUACCCAGCUGGAGGGGGUACUCUUUCUCCUUCCGUUUACUCCACUGAGCUAAUGGAAGUGGCAGUUGUUCUCUGCUAGUGCACACCUGCCUUCUCCCAAGAGUUACUGUGAGUCAGUCAGCAUGCGUUUACAGGGCUCCAUGAUUAACUGGUCCUCCCUGGCUGUCUCCUGCCCCUAUAUCCAAUCUAGGCCACCUCUAUCAUUGUACACCCCUCAUAACCACAGGCUUCUGAUUUCCACAACACCCUGACUGAAAUUGUUUGCUAGAGAAAAAAGGGAGGGCUUGCAAAGCCUGCAGGCCAAAAAUCUGCAACUUUUAAUUCUAGCUAUACCUCUGACGGCAUUCAUAAAUAAGUAAUAUUAUUAUUUUUUUUUUUUACUACAAUGUUUUAGCCCCAUCCAUUUCUACUUUAAAAACAUUUUACAUAUAAUAUAAAAUGUAUUGGUGCACUAAAACAGUGUGAAAUUGUGGUUGAAUUAAUGCAUCGCAAAUGUACCAAAAAGGCCUUGGUCCUCAAGAGUUUAAACCCUUAACGAUCAUGGCUCAUUUCAAAUGUAAUGCAUUUGAUGGUGUGAUGGAAUGUCCUAGCAAUAUAUUAGUUUGUGCAAAGAUUCUGUAUUUGCAGAAAAACUAAUAGAACACAAGAUCAACUUUCCCAAAUGCCCACCUUUUAUGGUCAGGGACAUAAAGAGCCACUAGGGCACUGUAGCAUUAGGAACAUACAUUUAUAAUCCUAGUGACUUUCUUAAAGGGUCACUCCAGACCCCUAAUGCACUUUAGGUUGUGGAAAUGAAUUGGAUGUAAAGUGUCACUUAAAUGUAUUUUUCUUUUUACAAAAUAUGCAAAUUUAAAUAGAUAUUUAUGAACUUACCUGGUUACACCCCACUGGCUUUCAAGCAGACAACAGGUCCUGUUAGUUCCCGACUUGUUUAGAUCAGUCGAGCUAAACUCGAGGCAGCAAUUACCCUGAGCACCUGCCUUGCAAAGACUUGCUUCCAUGGAAAGUCUGUGCUGGGUUAGAAGAAGAGGGCUUGCAAAAGCCACACCCAGCAUGGAAGUUCCCAAUAGAAAUGCAUGGUUUCACUGCAUCUCUGUGAGGAGUUGCGGAUUGUUGCAGUGUGGUGUUUUGUGCACAUGCACGGAAGUCUCCUGAUGCUUUCUUAAGGGAAAGCAUUGGACUGGCUGAAAUCAUGAAGACUGAUGUGUGUGUGUGGCCAGUUGUGGCAAGACCAGUAAGGCGAGGAAUGAAAGGUAAGUUUUACAGGAACACUAUAGGGUCAGGAACACAAACAUGUAUUCCUGACCCUAUAGUGUUAAAAUCACCAUCUAGCCCCUCAUGCCUCCAUAAAUAUAGCAAAAUAUUAUUAUUAUUAUUAUUGCCAUUUUAUAUAGCGCCAACAGAUUCUGUAGCGUUUUACAAUAUUAUGAGAGGGGGGAUGUAACUAUAAAUAGGACAAUUACAAGAAAAUUUACAGGAACAAUAGCUUGAAGAGGACUCUGCUCAAACGAGCUUACAGUCUACAGGAGAUGGGUUAUAAGACACGUUGGGACAGGAAAUAUCAAUCAAAUAGGUUGGGAGUGAAGCAGAGCUGGAGUAGAGAGUAAAGCACUGCACUAUAGGAGAGAGCAAGAGACAGGUAUGUAAGGUAGAGGUUACUCUUGGAGGCAAUAAGCUUUCCUGAAGAGAUGGGUUUUAAGGCCCUUUUUAAAUGAUUAAAGACUAGGGGAGAGUCUGAUGGCGGUAGGCAGGCUAUUCCAUAGGAAAGGAGCCGCCCGUGAGAAGUCCUGCAAGCGCGAGUUGGCCGUACAGGUGCGAGCAGCGGUCAGGAAGUGAUCAUGGGCAGAGCUGAAGGAACAAGGAGGGGCAUACCAAUGGAUCAGUGAAGAGAUAUGAGGGGCUAGAGUUGUUCAGUGCUUUAAAUGUAUGGGUUAUAUUCAAACCUGAAGCUGUAGCUCUGCAUGCUGUUUGCCUCAGAAAAACAAGCGGUCUGCUGACAUCUUUAAAAGUGGUGGCCUGAUCCAGUCACAAUGCUUCUCCAUAGGAUUGGCUGAGACUGACAAGGAGGCAUAUCAGGGGCAGAGCCAGCAUCAUUCAAACACAGCCCUGGCCAAUCAGCAUCUCCUCCUAGAGAUGAAUUGAAUCAAUGAAUCUCUAUGAGGAAAGUUCAGUGUCUGCAUGCAGAGGGAGGAGACACUGAAUGUUGGCCAGUGAUGUUAUCCCUAGGCUGUAAUGGAAACACUGCCUUUUCUCUGAAAAGUCAGUGUUUACAGCAAAAAGCCUGAAGGUAAUGAUUCUCACCAGAACACAUGCAAUAAGCUGUAGUUGUUCUGGUGACUAUAGUGUCCCUUUUAAAAUAAAUUUUCAAAGUGAUCUGAAGGGGGGCCGGAGAGCUAAACAGUUUUACACUAUUGUGUUAGGAAUACAUGUUUGUAUUUCUGGCAAUAGUGUUCUUUUAACAUACUUUCAAUGGCACAAACCCAGUACCAACAAUUGAUUUUAUUUAUUAUUGUCAUUUUAUAUAAUGCCAACUUAUUCCACAGAGCUUUACAAUAUUAUAAAGGGGAAAAUGUAACAAUAAAUGAGACUAUUACAACAUGUUACAGGAACAAUAGGUUGAUGUGGACCCUGCUCAGACGAGCUUACAAUCCUACAUGUUUUCAUUUGAGCAAGAUGAGCUGCGUUAAUUUGUUUUCUCUCAAGUAGAUGAGUGUGAAAAAUUGUACUUAUUUUUGGAAUAGAUGUUAUGCUGUGGUAUGCACAGCUGUAAAGAAUCACUUCCUUGCAUAAUAAAAUAGCUGACAUUUCUUGUUUUUACUUCCUGUCUUUUUUGAGAUACAGUUUUAAAAGAGGUCCAUCAUUGUUGCAUAACUUUGCAAGUUUUAAAGUAGUAGUCUCAUUUUGUCAAAUAGCAUUGGCUGUAAAGGUAAUUUUUUUUUUUUUAUUGUUUUUUUUAAUCCUCUGCUAGUUAUUGGACAGUGAUUGCAAAUAACAGACUGUGUGACAUCUCACUGUAUGGAUAUAAAAAAAUAGUGACUUAUUCGUCCUGUGAAUCUUAACCAAAAAAUAAAUAUAUAUAUCUAUAUCUCAUGUCAGCUAUAAGUGAAAUGUGUAUAAUGCGAAAAUAAUGAUAUCUUGAUGUGCACCAAGGCAUUCUUGUGUAUGUGUUCCAAUUAUUCUGAAACUGGUAAGAUAGCAUUAAAGAUAUAUUGCUCUAUUUAAGUUUUUGUCACUCCAGAACUAACUCCAGCAAAGCUACAGUCCUGAUGCCCAUUAUCAUUGUUGUCCCUGCUUCUCCCCAUGUAAAAUAAAUUAAACAAAACUAAUAACUCACUCUUUCUCCAGCCCCAAAUUUCCAUUGGCACUGCCUAUUUGGGUUGCAUUAUCCUCCAGGAUGACAGGCCAAUCCUCUAUUGACUUCACAGAGGUUGCACAAAGCGCCUAUAAUUAUUCCAUAGAGGAUCACUGUAUUCAUUAAUUCUUUAUGGUCAACUGUGACAGCUGUGCGCAUGAUAUAAUUGUAUGUCCCAGUAUGAGUUGGGAAGUAAGAUUCCUGGCUCUUGUACCCAGAGGGCUUAAAGUUUGGGGGUGAAGAGUGGCCCGUGUGUGUCUCAUUACAAAGUACAUUUUAGCAGCCCUUGAGCAUGUAUUGUUUGUUAAAGAAUAUUUUAAAAUCUUUGUGUUUGACUUAUGUUCAGUUUAAUUUUUUUUUUUCUCUGAGCAACUUAUUAUUUUUUAUUUUUUUCCUGUCCUCCAUCAGAGCAAAUUCUGCAUAACAUAAAACAAGAGUAUAAACGAAUGCAAAAGAGGAGACAUUUAGAAAACAGUCUUCAGCCAACAGAACUCUGCUGUUCAACUGAUUUACAACAUACUCCGUUCCUCUCUUCUGGGCCAAGUAUACCUGGUGAGUAGGAUAUGACCCUCAAUAUCACUUAAAGUCCACCGCCAGCCCCAAAAUGUAUAAAAAAAUUAUAUAGUGCAAAAUAUUCAUAUAAUAAAAUAAACUCUUCUGAAUCUGUGCAUAAAUAUCACCUACAUAUCAAUAUUAUAGGCAUUCACUUAGACUAGAAUAUUCCUAUGUGAUCUCUUAAAUUACAAGUCAUUGGGAGGAUUAGACUAUGGGUGUAUCAAUGUGGGAGUCUGUUGCUUGUAUUUCAGGUGCUAAUAAUGGUAAAUGUUAACCUGACAUUACUAUAUGUGUAUCAAAUACCUAUAUAAUCCAUCAACUAAGCUGUAGUCUUAUAAUUUAUAUUCUAGAGAAACAGCUUGUCCAACCAGUCUUGAAACAUAACUAAUGAUGCCAGUGUUGUUUCAGUGGGAAUGUCGAUAACACUGGAUAUUAAGGGAUCCAUGAUGGCUGUUUCAAAGUCAAAACAUCUAUACUCAUGCAAGUGUAUAUGCUGUAUGUCAACGUCAUUGUGAAUGUUUUGUGCAAGGUUUUAACACUGUGUAAAUACAGUUUUGUGUUAAUACAGAAUCUAAACAUAUAAUCCUAUUUAAUACAAAAUUGGGGAUGCACCAAACUUUUCGGCUGAAAAUGAGCCUAUCCCAUUUCGUCCAAAAGAGUCAAAUCUGCCCUGUGUGCUGCCGGGUGCGAGGCCCCUCCAGUCUUCCUGGGGAGAGAGCCAGCACAGUCUGCAGCUAUGCUGAGUAUGAGCUGCAGACUUUGCUGUAUCUCGCGAUCUCUGGCCUAUCAGAGUGUUGCUACAGGUUACCACGGCAACGCUUUGACUUCUGGAUAAUGCGAAAUACAGCACAGUCUGCAGCUCAAACCCGGCGGAGCUGCAGACUGGAGAGACUGCUCACCGGACCACCAGGAAAACAAAGCUAUUACUAACCCCCUCCCUUUUUUGGGGUAAAAAGUUGUUUACGGCCAAGGGCAUCCUGAAUUUUAGGUUUCGCCCCAGAAUUUUCAUUUCCGUGCAUCCCUAUACAAAAUUAUCUUUGAGCCGUAUGGAUCACAAUACUUGUGUCUGCCAAUUCAUAAACUAAGCUAAUGGAUAUUAACCCCUUAAGGACCAAACUUCUGGAAUAAAAGGGAAUCAUGACAUGUCACACAUGUCAUGUGUCCUUAAGGGGUUAAAGGAACACUGUAGUGUCCGGAACACAAACCUGUAUUACUGGCCCUUGUAUUCAAGUCUGCAGCUGCUGGCUCUGCCCCUGUCUACUGACAUCAGCAGAAGUGGUGGUCUGAGCCAAUCACAAUGCUUCCCCAUUGAGCAACACAAGUCAAACACAGCCCUGGCCAAUCAGAAUCUCCUCCAAGAGAGGAAUUGAAUCAGUGCAUCUGUAUGAGGAAAGUUCAGUGUCUCCAUGCAGAGGGUGGAGACACUGAAUUGCAGUUCUGCACACUAGGCAGGAUGCCCCAGGAAGCUCCUCUAGUAGCCAUCUGAGGAGUGGCCAAUGGAGUUAUUCCUAAGCUGUAAUGUAAACACUGCAUUUUCUCUGAAAAGACAGUGUUUACUGCAAAAAGCCUGAGUGGAGAUGAUUCUACUCAAAAGAACAAAUACAAUAAGCUGUUGUUGUUCUGGUGACUAUAGUGUCCCUUUAAGUGAAUAGGAGCAUGCAUUGCACUACACUUCAAUAGGUCAGGUGGUAACAAAGGAUCACUCAUAUAUGCACAAAAAAGUAGCACGUUUUUAUUUUGUGUACCACAAUUGCUUCAGUGAAUAGAUUUAAGUUGUUUUGAGUUUCUCUGAUUUUAAUUUUAUCCUAUCACAAAUAGGAGCACUCAAAUGGGAAAAAAAGAAUUGUCAAGGCUCAAAAUUUCCACUGGACAAUUUAGGUCUAGCAGUAGAAAAUUCAUCCCUGGAGGGUAUGCUAUCGCUUGCAAGUAACUUUUAAAGGAACACUCUGGGCACCAUAACUUAAUACAAUUUAACCCUGGAUUCCAGUAUACAGCGCCUGAUUUCUCUGCCCCCUGUCUUUCCACUGCUCAGUUCAUAAAAGAGGAAGCCUUGGACAGGAGCAAUGCUUAUUGGCCGAUCCGUAUGAUGUGUAAAAAUAAAUUAAUUUAAAAAUAAACUAGAGCACAAUAAGUGUCUCUCAAGCCGUUUUGUGAAUUGGGAACCAUCUAGCGGUGCUCCGGUCAGUGGCUUUAUCGUUCGAGAAUCUCACCAGGGUAAGGAAGGUUGGCAGGGCUAUCAGACGCUGGAUACUUUGGUGUUAAAUCAUUUGUGACAGUUAAACCCCUAAGGUAAGCAGGAGCCACAAACUUCCUGGCAUCAUAGCAGUUGGAAAACAAAAACAAAUUUAAUUCUGGGCUGAUAGGAUACAUUACAUUUCAUACUUUGCAUUUCUCAGUUUGCCACUACAACCAAACUUUGAUAAUGUUUUCAACUUAAAGGUACAAUAAGUGCAUCGCCACUGAGAAAGGAGCAAGCACUGUUUACCCUGAGACAAGUUGGAUUGAUCUGCGAACGUCUUUUGAAAGAACGUGAAGAUAAAGUCCGUGAAGAGUAUGAAGAAAUUCUUACCACAAAACUUGCCGGUGAGACAGUAUGAGUGUGUAGCUAUAACUGUGCAAAAGCUCAGUGUGUUGUUUAUAUACAGUAAUGUAGCGUUGGUAACCUGCCUGAAUUAGACUCCAUUUGAUUACAUUUUGUUUUGUAGAGCAAUAUGAUGCUUUUGUGAAGUUCACUCAUGACCAGAUAAUGCGAAGAUAUGGAGAACAGCCUGCUAGCUGUAAGUAUAUCGUUGCAUAUUGUCCACUUAUAAAAAUCAAAUCUCUCUACUGUGCAACUGCUAUUACUUAACCAAAUUGUUCAGUUUGUAUGUACUGUUGAAUACAUAUUGCAAAAUUUCAAGUUCUAAGCCACUAGCCAGGCUUAAAAACUUACUUGCCAUUGCAAACUUGGAUGGUCCAUGGUUACAUUUUACUCUCCAAUGGCUAGAUGUGAGUGGAAAUUUUUAAGCCCUGAUAUAUUGCAUAUAUCAUGCAAGGCAUAUUAUUUAUAAAAUGCCAACAUAUUCCACAGACUGCAAUGGAUAUAGAUAAGUUGCAUGAAGUGUGCAUUAGACCAGUUCUAUGUUACAUACAGUAGAAUAUCCAAAAUUGCAUUAAAAUAAAAGUACAAUGUAAGUAUGGGGUGAUAUACCAUGUUGAUACACAAGCACAUUUAUACAUAUGGCUCAACAUUAGUUGAUAACCGUACUUCUGGUGGCUUUCAGUCUGAUAGUGGUCCAGGACCAAGUCUAGGAAAGAAAACCUCAUUGAGGCUCUGUCAACACAAUAAUUAUUUGUGAGCAUUUCAUAAAUAUACAAUCCUUUUGAAAUGCUCAUAAAGAGACAGCAUUGUUGAUGCAACCCUCAGAGUCUGGUGUAUCCUACGUUUCUCCCGGCAGCUUACCACAUCACCAAACCCACUUACCCCCAUCACGAACCCGGUAUGUGCUGGGGAGCUGCACCCAGCAGCCCUGAGAAACAUUCAGGUGAUGGACUGGGUUUAUAUGCAUCAGUGGUGUGCCGCAAACUGCCUAAAGCCCAUCUCACAGACCGCAGACCAACACAAAUAGAUGAAUUCCACUAUUUGUGUUGGUCUGUGAGAUGGGCUUUAGGCAGUUUGCGGCACACAUCUAUUCGAGGCAGAGACCACCUACACAGGCCCUGACGUACUUCGAACAACUAUGCACAUCUAGAAAUCCUAUCACACACGGGGUAUCAACCCUAUACAACGCCCUAUUAACUAAUGGCGACAGACGUCCACUUGGUUUACGGAUAAAAGAGAAAGGGAAGUAGGGGUCGAACUCACUGACCAAGAACGGGACAAAAAAAUAUUCCUCCUGACACACAAAUGCUCCAUAAGUUCGAAGUACCAAGAAACGAGUUACAAAUGACUGACACACUGGUACAGGACCCCAGACGUUCUUAGACACAUACAUGACUCAAUACUAGGCGACUGUUGGAGAUGUGACACUGUCGUAGGUAUGGGAUUGCAUAUUUGGUGGUCGUGCCCCCUCAGUCCCAUACUGGCAAAUAGUAAACACGAAAAUUAGGGAGAUUACAGACACACUUACCACUGCUGCCACUGACGAUGCUCCUUGAUCACACACCCAUCCCACUGAAGUCUUACAAAAGAUCCCUCACCAUACACUUACUCACCGCAGCCAAGUCCCUCAUCCCGAUACACUGGAAAAGGAACAGGGGCCCACCUUUCAGCAAUGGGUGGCCAAGGUAGAAGACAUAUACAGCAUGGAACCUGCCACCACUCCCAAUGGCACCCAUACCCGAAUCGCAUCUGACCCCAUAAUCGGGGCUCCAUGUACCUUUUCCUCACCUCCCCCCCCUUUUUUUUUCUCCGUCCUCUAUUUCUCGCUCUUCUUUCUCCCACUUUCCCAUCUCUCCUUCCAACCCUUUCCCCCCCCCCCACCUCCUGAAUACCCCCUUCCCAUACCCACCAUAUCUUACGUUUAACGAGUGACACAACAUUGUUGGAGACUACCACAGUGGACGACCUAAUGCUCAUGCAGCCCAGGCCGAGACCAGGCUCAGAGGUCAGCGACAUAAAAUGCCCCCCGCAAACCCCUUACACAGGCUCCACCCUGACACAAACGCAGAAGCAAGGUUGCAAUGUCAACUAGACAUAGCAGAGUACUACAUUGACCCCCUGUAGACACCUUGAUCUGACUGUCCCCUGUUGUACACAGAGUAGGUCACAAUAUUUAUCAAGGUUGUUUGAUCGCUAAGCCUGUUCAACCACAUGUUUAACCCAAGUUCUGUUAAAGCUAAACCGUUAUGUAACCAAUGGAACAGCAAUGUGAAGUAUCUUGAAUACUUUAAAAAUAAAUGUCAAAAAAAGACUGCUUUGGAAUUUCAUUGCAAAUUCCAGCACAGUUAAAACAUAUCCUAAGACAAAGUAAGGAAUACUGUGUUUAUGGUAAAAUCCUAACCUGACAAAAGGCAGAGUUUCUGUUGUCAAGCGAUGACUGUGGAAAUGAGGCAUUGUCUUGGUCUAUGGAGAGUCUUGCAGAAUGGUUCAGAUACAAGUGUUAUUCUUGUGAGAAAAUAAAAAGAUGGUGCUUGUAGGUACAAGUUUCAGGAAAUGUUAAUGCUGUAGCCACAUGUGAUUACACUGAAGCAGCAAUAUCACUAUUGGGGAUCUUUGAAAAAUAUGCAGAGGCCUCUGUGAAAGUGACUUUAUGAAGUGGUUUUGGUGAUUAGUGUCCCUUUUAACAUUACCAUUUGUAAAGACAAUGCAAAUCGAAUAGUACAGCAAAUUUGGAGAAGUAAAAUAACAUUUUUUUUUUAAAUAAAUUCCAGGAAUGCCAAACCACAUUUAGCACCACUGCAGUAACUGUAACACCCUUUGUACAAUGACAUUUUGACAAGUAGAAUUUAAUGCCUUCAUUUAAUGUGUAAUCUCAUGGCAGGCAUGUUAUCCAGUUAAUACAAUACUCCAAACUGAGCUCACACUCUAGAAAAGGCAUAACUGAACUGUAUAUACUUUCCAUAUGUCAUCUAACAACUUUUGAUAUGUAUUAAAGUUUUAUUCAGAAAUAACAAGAUAUCUGCAGUUGUGUGUCUGCUAUUGUGCAGGCUUCAGUAUUUUCUGGUUUACAUCUGUCUGUAGAUGUUUGGGUACAUCCGUGUUGACAUUCCAACAAGUAACAUGUCUAGACUCUAAUCAAACGGCUUGAAAGGGAGCAAAUUUAGAUAUUUGCCUCUAGCAUUGAAUAGGAAACCUAUUUUGUAUUGUCCCUUUUGAAAUGAACUGUAAAUUAGCUAGUUGGCAGCAUUGUUCUGCAGUAGGAAACCCUAUCCUUAUUAAUGCUAUUGAAUGGCCUUUCUAGAUAUUUGAGUUGUAUAUUGAUACCUUUUUAUUAUAAAUUGGAUUAUUUCGUACUUAACAUUUGUGAAAUUAAAUUUCCGUGAGUGUAAUAUGAACCAUAACGACUUUUGCUUUCUUUCUAAUUGUGUUUUUUUUGUUUUUUUUCAGAUGUUUCAUGAAUGACUCCUUGCCUUUCCAGGCUGAUGUUUUUCCUUAAUUGCUGCAAGAUGUCAUAGUUUAAAAAUUGCAGCAAUGCCAUAACCCCUUCCCUGUGAACACAGGCUAUUUCAAGCUUUUGUCAGUGGCGACCACUCUUAUGCAGCAACUGGUUUAGGAGUGCUCCUGAUGUCGUGCCACCUGGAUGUGGAUCUAUGCUACCUGUAUUACUAUACCAGUGGCCUCAUUUGCUGUAUUAUUGAAAUUUGGCUUCUUUUGUUUGUUUUAAAAUGGAUUAAAGCUGGUGUUCAUAAACAUGCCCUUUGCUUGAUGUGUAAGUAAGUCAAAUUUAGGAUGACAUUUGUUUUUGACUGACUGCAGUUGUAAUAACUGUGCAACAACAACAAAGUCCAGCAACUUUAGGAUGGAAUAAUUCUUGGGACUAUUUUAAAGUGACCUCCACCACACUUGACUGUGGAGAGAAAAUAAAGAGGGCAUGUCUGUUUAUUAAAGGACUAUUGUGGGGAAGGUAAAAAUUGAUUAUAUGAUUUUGUGUUUUGUAGUUUUAUUUAUUCUUUCGGUCUUUAACAAAUGUUUAAUGCAUUUUUUUUUUUCUGUCUAUCAUUGUUUAACUGCCUUGUACUGGAAUUUAGUUGGAAAAUAAAAACAAACACAAGACUGCUC